UUAAGGUCAGAAGAAACCCUAUCUUUUCGCCACUUCUUCUUACCUUCAUGCCUGGAGCCAGGCCUGUCGAUCCUCGUCGCUCCUAUCUUCUUCUUCGCCAUCGAGAUACCUCGACGCCGGGCAGUGGUCUUCCGAUCCCCAUAGAGUACCGCAAUCCCUACUGCCUCCAACUUACAGGUUUUACUUUAUCUUGAAAAUACUCUAAUGGUUAAAUUAUGUGAAUUUCUUUGCAUAUCUCUUGAAAAUACUCUAAAUUCUUCAAUUAUAUGAAUGAAAAUAUUCUAAUUCUUCAAUUAUGAGGAUUUAUUUGCUUAAUUUUUGUUACCUCAAUUUGAUUUUCUUUUUAUUGAUAUACUUUUAGGUCAGAUUUUUAAAUAAAUUUUUUUAUCUAAAAAUAUGAAAGAAUCAAAAUUAUUUUUUACUAGUUUUUUUGUUCACACCUACUAGGUUUACAGUAGGUUAGAAAAACAAAUUUUGGAAAUUUUAUUUGAGAGCUCCAUGAGGUUCUCCUCAAUCUGUUUUAAUAUUUUUUCGGCAAUUCAAAAUUCAGAGUUCCAUUACCAAAGACUAACCAAAGCUUGAAGCUUAUAAAAAGACUAAGAGUAUUUUCACACUUCUCAGUUUGUAAGUUACAGUUUUAACCUAUGGUCAUAAUUAAUCUUCCCAAAUUCCCUUUGAGAGUAUUGUGUAACUUACUAUAUAUAUAUAUAUGGGUGUGUAUAUAAAGUGGACACUCUUAGUAUCAAGUCCCCUUUGUGAGCCUUUUGUUAUAACUUAUAAAUGCUCCUUUACUAAAAACCAUAUCUUUUGACAUAAGGGAAGUUUGUAUAAUGGUUUCUGAUUGUACAGUCUUUAUCAAUGUGGAUAUGGAGGUGGGUCUUGAUGCUUCUGGGUCUGUUUUGUUGAUGAACCUAUUUCGAAUGAUUUGGAUGAGGUGCUGUUGUGCUCUUGCUGAUGCUCACAGUUGCUGCCUUGGGGACUGCUGAUGCUCACAGUUGGCGUACAGGUGCUGCGUACAGGUUGAAAUUAAACCUACUAUUGGAUUUUGCUACUGGAUUUUGCUACUGCUUGGGAUCUACUGGUGCUGACCAUGAAACCUUCUACCUGGGCUGAUUUAUUGGAUACCAAGGGCUGUGGAUUAACCUUUGGAUGAUGGAAUUCUUGGAUGUCAUGCUUGGACACUUUUCCCUAUGCGGGAACAACCACUACAUGUGAAUCUCUCUUCAUGGGAGUUCCCUGUGUCACUAUGAGAGAGUCUGUAGAUGCUCAUAAUGUUGGUGUGAGUCUCCUCAACGCAGUUGGGUGUAAAAACUUGGUUGCCAAGAACGAGGACGAAUAUGUUGAGUUGGCAAUUCACUUGGCAACUGAUCUAACUGCCCUCUCAAAGCUGAGAAUGAGCCUUCAGAACCGUAUGCUGAAAUCUCCUCUCUGUGAUGGGUCAAAAUUCACCCUGAAUCUUUUUGGUUCUAUAGUAACCACGCUCUUAACCCCCCUGCUGAGAUUAAAGUAGAUGCCAGGGUGGAGAGGAAGACGAAAUCUGCUGCUCUGCCGGCCGCCACGACACCCUCCCUGCCGGAGGGCAACACAACAAUCUUCGUGUAAUUGGCACUCCUAUCUUGAAGAUUUGGUCUUUAUUAUUUGAUUUGAGUAAUUUUAGAAUAUGGAUUUUCAUUCUUUGUGUUUUUUUUGUUUUCUACUUUGGAUUGAAGCAACCCAAUGUACUCUUUAUUUUGUUUUUGAUAAAUUUUGUGUACUCUUAUUUGCAUCUCGCCAUCUUAUUGUUUUUUGGUUUUA